AUGUUUCCAGGCGGAAAAAUUCUGAAACUCUCCUUAAGUGUCAGCAGAUCAGAAUGUGCUUUGCAAUGUCUUCUGCAGAAGCCAGCAUGUGCUGGAUUCUCGUAUAAUAACAAGAGUUGCUAUCUGUAUGCCCACGGUAUGCAUAAAAGAAUCACACACAAUAGGAGGGCAGAAGGUUGGGAAUUCUGGACCCUAAAUGAUGUUUGUCCAAAACACUGGCUUCCAUAUGAUGGUCAUUGUUAUUUCCUAAACGAAACUAAGGAAACUUGGAAUAAUGCUAAGGAUCUGUGUGAAGAGCAUGGAGCUCAUCUUGUUGAAAUUGAAAAUGUAGAGGAAAAUUAUUGGAUCCAGAAUAACUUUCCAUCUGUUUGGAAAGAUGACGAUUGUCCUGAAUCAAAAAUAUUUUGCUGUGAUUGUUGGAUCGGGGCCACAGAUCUUUACACUGAGGGUGUUUUUACUUGGAAUUUUCAUACCAAUGUCACGUUUCAUACUUUCAACAAGCUGGCAUCUGAAAAUAUUUUCUCAAAAGAUUGCGUCCUUCUUUGUAAAACCGUGAAAUGGGAUGUUGAAAACUGUAACAACAAACAUAUAUUUGUUUGCGAAAAAAGAAUGAAUGACCAAAUAUAUCUCCCAUGA